AUGUAUGUGACGGAAGUGACCACCGUGGAGACGGUCGAAGUGACCGAGGAAGUGCCGGCCACCACGGAGGAGACGACGGAGGUGACCGAAGUGACCACGGAGACGAUCGAAGUGACCGACGUCAAGCCUGAGGAGACGACGGAAGUGACGGAGGUGACGACGACUGAGAUUGUCGAGGAGACCGUGGAGGAGACCGAGGUGACGGAGGGCAAGAAGCCCAAGUCAAAGAAGAGCCGCAAGCCGAAGCGCAAGCCGACUGCGGGCACGACCGAGGAGGAGACGACGGAGUGCCGGCCACCACGGAGGAGACGGUCGAAGUGA